CUGGUGGCUUCGCCCUUCCACGCAACGGGAGCGCACGUGGAUUCCUGGGCAGUUCGUCCUCGGGGUGGCCUGCAGUGCAGAUCCACCGAUACACUGUUCCCCAGCCUGGGAUGAACCGCUUUCUGCUGCCGGUGUCCGUAGUGGGCACGGUGAUCGGCGGUACCGUGCUGCUCAAGGACUAUGUUGCUGGUGGGGCUUGUCCCAGUAAGGCCACCAUACCUGGGAAGACUGUCAUCGUGACAGGAGCCAACACAGGCAUUGGGAAACAAACUGCUUUGGAGCUGGCUAAAAGAGGAGGCAACAUCAUUCUGGCCUGUCGUGACAUGGAGAAGUGUGAGGUGGCUGCAAAGGAAAUUCGUGGAGAGACCUUGAAUCCCCGUGUACGUGCCCAGCACCUAGACUUGGCUUCCCUCAAGUCCAUCCGAGAGUUUGCCAGGAAGAUCAUCAAAGAGGAGGAGCGAGUAGACAUCCUGGUCAACAAUGCGGCAGUGAUGCGGUGCCCACAGUGGACCACUGAGGAUGGCUUUGAGAUGCAGUUUGGUGUCAACUACUUGGGUCACUUUCUAUUGACAAAUUUGCUGUUGGACAAGUUGAAGGCCUCUGCUCCUUCGCGCAUCAUCAACCUCUCGUCAUUGGCUCAUGUUGCUGGGCACAUAGACUUUGAUGACUUGAACUGGCAGAUGAAAAAGUAUGACACCAAGGCAGCCUACUGCCAGAGCAAGUUGGCUGUUGUCCUCUUCACCAAGGAGCUGAGCCGCCGGCUGCAAGGCACUGGUGUAUCUGUCAAUGCUCUGCACCCUGGUGUGGCCAGGACCGAGCUGGGAAGACAUACAGGCAUGCACAACUCUACCUUCUCUGGCGUCACACUUGGGCCCUUCUUCUGGCUACUGUUCAAGAGUCCCCAGCUGGCGGCCCAGCCCAGCACAUACCUGGCUGUGGCAGAGGAACUGGAGAGUGUUUCUGGGAAGUACUUUGAUGGAUUCAGAGAGAAGGCUCCAUCUCCUGAGGCUGAAGAUGAGGAAGUAGCCCGGAAACUUUGGGUUGAAAGUGCCCACUUGGUGGGCUUGGAUGUGGUUGAUGGGUCUCCUGGGAAGGGACAUUCCAUCCCCAGAUAACCUUCAAAGAUCCAGAUGGAACUGCAUUAGCAAGGCUGCUCCUGGACGUGCCCAUAUCAUCCUCUAGGGGCAGUGUUGCCAUGUUAGACUCUCAAGCAUGUGGCUGCUGGCUGCCAUCUCCCAUCGUCCUCUAGGUGGCAGUGUUGGUCCUAGCUUUUAUUGUGGUUCACCAUUGAGUUGGACCACAGGUAGGCAUUCACUCAGGUACAAUGUACUCUUGGUUACUGGGGAGCUGGUCCAUCAGGUGCCUCCCUUGGGAAUCUAAAAGGGGAGGCUGUUGGGGGAGUCAGUCACUGGUUAUGUGCAAUGUGUAAAGACAGUGGUAGCUGCUGUGGUGGAUUUACUGGUCCACUGUUAAGAGCAGGUAACCAGGCAAAUAUGGCAAGUCAUAGUUCUCUGUGGGGCCUUGCACAGGUCUGUCUCCUGUCUGACUUAGCUGUUGUUCCUGCUUGCUUUCUGUUGCUGUGAUAAACACCUUGACCAAAAGCAACUUGGGGAGGAAAAGGUCUAUUUAGCCUAUAGGUUAUAGUUCAUCAUGGAGGAGGGAAGCCAGCACAAGAAGCCAGGUGAGAGCUUGAAGCAGAUACCAAUGGAGGUUUGCUCCCAGGCUCAUGUUUCGAUACCUUUCUGAAAAAUAAUUUUUAUUGUUAUUUUUCUUUACAGAGAGGGUCUCACCUGGCCUUUCUAGAACUUGCUGUGUAGACCAGACUGGCCUUGAACUCACAGAUAUCUGCCCUUCUGGGAUUAAAGGCCCUGCCUGGGGAUGGCACUAUCCACAUGGCUUGAAUUUCCAACAUCAAUUGGCAACCAAGGCAGUGUCCCACAGACAUUCCCCUAGGGCAGUUUGGUCCACGCAGUUCUUCAGUUGAGAGUCCGUCCCUCUUUUAGGUAUGACAAGUUGACAGCCAAGUGAGCCAGGACAGCCCUUGAUUGCCAAGGAUAACUGCUACCUCAGGGAUGGUGUGGGUGAAGCCCCCUCCUGACUCAGUAAAGGAUAGCUGAGGACCUCCUGUGCUGGACCCUGGCUGAGGUGCUGUGAUCCAGUGGAAACCUUGGCCCUGAAUAACAAACCCCAUCUUUGUUAGCCCUGAAUUGCUCAGGGCAGAAUGAAUGGAAAGCUGCCAGUUGCGGCCUCAAAAAACCACAUGACCUGGGAUCAUGAUCUCUCCAAUUCCUGUGGAAUUUUGACCUUAGACUCUCAGGCUUGUUUGGUUAUAAGAACAUGUUGGGUGUAGUAAUACACAUCGGUAACUCCAGUGCCUAAGAGGUGGAGACUGGAGGAUCAAGAGUUCAAGCCUAGCCUCAGCCAGGCUAUAAGAUCCUGUCAGAACAAAUCAAAACAGUGAGAUCUCCAAAUGUGGCUGAGUCAUGAUUUAAAAUAAAAACAAACAUACAUUUAGUGCGUGUGUGUUUGCCUUUGUGUGCACAGUCCAUGAUGGAAGUCAGAGGACAACUUGUGGGAAUUCAUUCUCCUUGAGAGUCCUGGGGAUGCAACUCAGUUUGUCACUCUUGGUGGCAAAGGCCUCUCCUUACCUUCUGAAUGAACCAUAGUGCCAGCUGAGUCAUAUAUCCUUUUAUAUGGAAUUUACUUCAUAUACAACUUGUGUAUUUAUGUCUUUUAAGAAAUUAAGACUUUCAGUUGUCACAAGACAAUGAUUUUCCAACAACUCGCACAUAUUUUUCAUCCAUUCUGUUCUUGAAUUAGGCUGGAUCAACUUCACCUUUUUUUCACCUUUCUUUUCAGAUAGUUUCAGUCUAGUUCAGGCUAAACUUGAACUCUCAGUACUCUUGCCUCAGCCUCUGGAGUCCAGAGAUUACAAGCCCAGGACACCCCACAAACUCCCAGUGUUUACAGUCAAAUGGAAAUAAACAUUUCUGUUACUAA